UUUAGGGGGAAAAAGAUGGCGGUUAAGCUGUUGCCCGUGCUGGAAUUAGGUUUCCUGAUCCUACAUGCCAGGUUUUGUAGCUUUCAAGUGCCCAAAAUCCCAUCAUGGCAAAUGCCAUCUUUUCAGUCAGCUAGCAUAAGUAAUCAUGUGGUUCAGAGCCAGUUUUCACAAUCAGGAGCCAUUCAUCAAGAAGGAAACCUGCUCAAGGAAUCUCUCCCAGAGACAAGUCAAUCAUGGCAGCAGAUCCCAAAAGUCCCUGAAGCUUCACGGCUCUGUCAGGUAGAUGAAUCUUCAAGGGUGGGUUGCGGUGAACCUGGGGUCAGUCCUGCUGAGUGUGAAGCACUCGAUUGUUGUUACGAUAUCAGACUACACAAGCAAGCUUACGAUGGCCCCAUGUGCUUUUAUGGAAAAGCAGUCACUGUGCAAUGCACCAUGGAUGGGCAGUUUGUAUUAGUCAUAUCGAGAGAGGUUACAAUACCAAGCAUUAAUCUGGACAGCAUCGUCCUCCUCGAGGCUACUGGUGGCCCCUGUACAUCUGUCGACAGCAAUGAUGACUUUGCCAUCUACCAGUUCCCAGUCGCAGCCUGUGGUGCAAGAACGAAGGUAGAAGGUGACUACAUUAUUUAUGAGAAUACUAUGGCAUCAUUGUAUGAAGUGGGUUUUGGUCCUCAUGGUGCAAUCACAAGAGACAGCUCUUUUGAGAUAACCUUUCAGUGCAGGUAUUUGGCUACAAUGGUGGAGGAUUUCGUAGUGGAUGUGAACACUUUUCCUUCUCCACCUCCUGUGGUUCAGCAAGGUGCCCUUAGAGUGGAGCUAAAACUUGCGAAUGGGGCGUGUGCUACUAAAAGGUGUUCUGAUGCUGAUAUGUAUAGCUCAUACUACACAGAGGUUGACUACCCCGUGACAAAAGUACUGCAGGAUCCAGUGUAUGUGGAAGUACGCAUACUACAGAGGUCAGAUCCAAAUAUUGCCCUCGUGUUGAACCACUGUUGGGCCACUAGUUCCCCAGAUUCCUCAAGCCAACCUCAGUGGGACCUGCUGGUUAAUGGGUGUCCUUAUGAAGAUGACCGCUUCCGGACAACACUGGUCCCCGUUGACACGUCUUCUGGUCUGCAGUAUCCGACUCACUACAGGAGAUUUGUUGUGAAGAUGUUUACCUUUGUUGAAAAGGAUUUGUUAAUCUCUCACCAGGAAGAACUCUUCAUCCAUUGUAGUACAGUGGUGUGCCAGCUCUCAGCCACAGAGUCCUGUGAACCAAGCUGUCAUAGGACAAGAAGAUCAGCUUCAGCUGCAAAGGAUUCCAGGAUGAAAGUCUUGGUCUCUAGUGGUAUGGUUCUCUUUAUUGUCGAACCGCCAGAUUCGGCUAAUAGCCAAGCAUACAGUCAGGACGAAGUGCCUCAUGAGCUUGGCUAUGGACUGUACGGUGUAGUUGCUUUGACUGUGAUUAGCAUCUGCGUGCUCCUGGGGGUCGUUCUGAGACGAAGACUAAAACGGCGUCCAUGUCUUCAGACUACAAGGCUUUAGUAAAAUAGUAGCUUUCAUAAACAAACUUGGCUUGGUAGAAAUUUUAAUAGUAAUCAUGUUGCCAAUCACUUGGUUAUUUUCCUGCUGAAGAUGAUGUCUGAUUGUCCAUACUUUGGAAUAAAUGAUUAACCCUUUAA